AUGGCUUCGUCCACCGUCGAUGAUGAACGCCAGAGCCUCCUCCGGCACGAAGGGAGCGGAGAACAACCACAACAAGCCACCGCCCAUCGCAUCGACAAGACCACGUUCCACCCGCUCUACUUCUCUCAGUACUUUACCAAGCAUCUGACGCGGGCGUGUGGACUGGUGGCCAUCUCAACCUUCAACUAUGCUUUUGACCAGCAAGGCUUCAAUUCGACCCAGGCCAUGGACCCCUUCAACAAGGCUUUUGGACACUACGACGCCGGAAAAGGACAUUACGUCCUGCCAGCCUACUACCUCUCGCUGUUAAACAGUCUGGUUUAUGUUGGAUUCGCUUUUGGCGCAUAUAUUGGCAGCGUCAUCAGUGCGCGCUACGGCCGGCGAAUGACCAUCUUCACCAUGUCUCUGUGGGCCAUCGUCACGGCUACCAUCCUCGUCACGUCCGGCAUUAGCUUGAAUCGAUGGCAACUCCUUGUCGGCCGGGUCCUCAACUACAUCUACAUCGGAAUGGAGCUAUCGUCCGUACCCGUCUACCAAGCAGAGGUGGUCCCGACUCCCAUCCGUGGCUUCAUGGUCGGCUCUUACCAAGUCAGCCUCGGCAUCGGCGGUCUCAUCAUCAACACCAUCUGCAAGGCAACCAGCAGGAUUCCGAACAACAAUGCGUGGAUGAUUCCAUACGGCCUCUAUUUCGUCAUUCCCACCUUCGUUGCUUCGUGCGUCUGGUUCAUUCCCGAAGUGAGAAUCGCAGCACCAAGGUCUCUAAUUGCGUUUGAAGGUGUGCUGACGUGGGCAAAGUCGCCGAGAUGGCUCCUCAUGAAAGGCCGCGAUGAUCAAGCCCUGGACGCACUGAGGAAGCUUCGAGGCAAGCACGGCGAGGUGUCUCCGGAGACUGAGCUGGAACAUAUGCGCAAGUCGCUGUUUGAUGAGGCGGACAAAGGGACGUAUGCCGACCUAUUCAAAGGCCACAACCGCCGAAGAACAUUGAUCACGAUCAUGGUAGCGUUCUUCUUUCAAGCUACAGGGCAAGUACUCAGCGGGCAUUAUGGCGCGGUGUUUGUCAGAUCGCUGGGCCACGUUGAUCCAUUCACCAUUACCGUUGCCCAGUCCGGAAUCAACACCCUAACAUCGUUUGCUGGCAUUUUGAUGAUCGAUCGAGUGGGGAGAAGACCACUCUGGUUGACUGGAUCCUUCUUCAUGGGCGCCGCGCUCAUGGCCAUGGGAGCAUUCAGCGUGCCCAAGCCGACUACAUACUCCUUGGCCGUGGGUAUCGUCUCCGCGAUGUUGGUUUUCCAGCUUGUUUAUGUUGCCACUCUCGGCCCUCUCUACUAUACCCUCGUCUCUGAGAUUCCAACUGGACACCUUCGAGAUAAGUCUGUCAGGAUCUCAGCGGUCACCAACGUCAUCACAAUCUUCGUCGUAGCGUUUACGCUGCCGUACCUUCUGGAACGCCCUGGUGCAGAUCUGGGGGGAAAGGUCGGGUUCAUUUACGGAGGUAUAUGUUUUUCAUCGCUCGUCUGCGGUUACUUCUUCCUUCCGGAGCUCAAGGGCCGAAGCCUUGAGGAAAUCGAUGUGAUGUUCAAGGCUGGCUUGACCUUGCGCAGUUUUGGUGAUGUUUCCGGCCGCCUUGGCCCGUCCCGCUCUCGAUAG